AUGUCACCACCCAACACCUCCCCCCAAACGAACCUCAACGGCGCCAACACCACCAACACCGCCGCUGACGGUGACGGUGACGAUAUGAACCUCUACCUAGCUUCCCUCGACCGCAAAAUAGCUUGCCCCAGAUUCACACUCCUCGUCGAGCGCCAUCUCAACGGAGUCAAACGCUCGAUCAUGGAGCUCAAAGAUCACCGUACGAACUACCGCCGCCAGGAGACGCUCUCUGUGAAGGAGGAGGCUUUGGACGUGUUGGAGAGCACCAAGCGUGGGUUGGAGUCCAUAAUUGCCAACCAGAGGAAAUUCAGAGCGGAGUUWUAUGAGAACGGGAUUUUCAAGAAGGAGCGGAUCGCGAAGCUGAUUGAGGAUAUGGGGGAGGAGGGUGUCGAGGAGGAGGAGAAUUUCAAGGAGGAGCAGAAUUUGAAGAAGGAGGAGAAUGUGAAGAAGGAGGAGCAUGUCAAGGAGGGGCAUGUCAAGGAGGAGCAUGUCAACGAGGAGGGCGUCAAGAAGGAGGAUGUCAAGAAGGAGGAUGUCAAGAAGGAGGAUGUCAAGAAGGAGGAUGUCAAGAAGGAAGGUGUCAAGAUGGAGGGUGUGAAGAAGGAAGGCGUCGAGAAGGACGAUAUCAAGAAGGAGGCUUAA